GUCCUUUUGGUGAUGAUAUAGUACCGGUAGCUGAAAAUGCUUCUGCAGUGAGUUAAGAACAGUCCGUUGAUACAGUUGAGAAGUGUUAGAUGCGUUUCUGGUUGCCAUAUCUGCAUUAGCAAUAUGCCAGCCAUGUUGAAGCCAGGCCUACGCUGUCCAACCCUGGGCAGCGGACGUCUUCAGAGUCAGCUAGCAAUGUUGUAUAGCAUCCGUUCUUACAUGGUGGGUGUCAACAGGCAAAGGAAUAUCACCGAGUUAAACCUUAUGAUGAGAGGAUCACAGACCUCUUCCAAGCCAUCAAACCAAUACCACGCCCCUCUCAGCUAUCACACAUCAAGGUCUUUAGCCUCCCAAACAUCACCAACAUACCAAAAGAGGUUCCAAGAUCAGGGAUACUUUCAUUCUAUGUUCGGUAGCCAAUCAUUUCUUUCCAAUGCUUCUUCAAUUUCUUCUUCUUCCAUUUUAUCUUCUCCAUCAUUAUCCUCUUCCUCAUCAACAUCACGUUUCUUUUCUACCACCUCAUCAUCAUCAUUAUCAUCAUCAGGAGCAAGAGGGGCACCAGAUGGUACCCCCAAGUACACCAUGAGCUAUGUUCAGGGGAGCUUAGAACCACCCCUCAUGGGCAAGACUCUGGGCCAAUGCAUGGAUGACAUGGCAGAAAAGAAACCUGACCACGAUGCUUUCGUCUUUGUGGAGGAAGGAGUUCGUUGGACCUUUAGCCAGUUCAGAGAACAGGUUGACCGUUUGGCCGCUGGAUUCUUGGCCAUUGGUCUGAAGAAAGGAGACCGGAUAGGGAUAUGGGAUUCCAACACCUCAGAGUGGGUUCUGACUCAGUUUGCUGCUGCUAGGAUUGGGGCUAUUCUGGUCACCAUCAACCUAGCCUAUAGACCCAAUGAGCUGUACUACACUUUACAAAAGGCUGGUGUGAAGGCAAUAGUCUCGGCUCAGAACUUCAAGACCCAGAAUUAUUAUGAGAUGCUUUCCACUGUGUGUCCUGAACUGGCAACCUCAGCCCCAGGCAGACUAAGAAGUGAAAAAUUACCAAUGCUAGAAUCUAUCAUCAUGCUGGGAAAAGGGGAUUUCCCUGGUGCCCAUAUGUUUGAUGAUGUCAUUGACAUGGGAAACAUUGAGCACAAGCUCAUGGUUGAGGGCUAUGCAAAGACGGUGCAGUUUGAUGAUCCAGUCGCCAUUAUGUUCACCUCUGGUACCACUGGAAAUCCAAAAGGAGCGACUAUGACUCACCACAGAAUUGUUAACAAUGGCUACCACAUCGGCUGUAGAGUUGGCUAUGAUAAGGCAGAGCAUAUAAUGUGUCUACCUAUACCCCUCUACCACAUCUUUGCUUGUAUUGGAGGGCCACUUGUCGGUAUCACCCACGGAGUAACCAACGUCUACCCCACCUCUGGAUAUGAGCCCGUAGCUACCCUCAAAGCCAUCCAGGAUGAGAGAUGCACAUUUGUCUACGGCACACCCACCAUGUUCAUUGAUCUGAUGAGCCAGCCGACUUUUAAAGACACAGAUAUGAGCAGCGUCCAUAGUGGUAUCAUAGGAGGAGCACCAGUCUCUCCGGAAAUAAUCAGACAAAUGACCAAGGGCAUGGGCAUGAAAUAUGUUGCUGUUGGUUUUGGUAUGACGGAAGCUGGACCAAUGAUUGCUAUCGUUGAUGAGGAGGACCCACAAGAUAAACAAUUCAACACUAUUGGAAGACUCUGCCAGCAUAUGGAGGGCAAGGUAAUAGACCCUGAAACUGGUCAAAUUGUCCCUGUCGAUGUACCGGGUGAGCUCUGUGUCCGUGGUUACGCUAACAUGAUUGGUUACUGGGAGAACGAAGAGGCAACCAAGGCCAGUAUUGAUGCUACAAAGUGGUACCAUACAGGGGACAUGGCAACUAUGGAUGAAGAUGGGUACUGCCGCAUCAUUGGUCGGUUCAAGGAACUCAUCAUCAUGGGAGGCAGGAACAUCUACCCUGUGGAGAUAGAGAAGUACAUCUAUACACAUCCCAAAGUAGAAGAUGUACAUGUGAUUGGUAUACCUGAUGAUAGACUAGGUGAGAAGGUGGUGGCUUGCAUCCGAGUAAAGGCAGGAGAGGACCUCACAGAAGAAGACAUCAAAGAGUACUGUCAGGGAGAAAUUUCUCACUAUAAGAUCCCAAAACACGUCAUCUUCAUGGAGGCGGAGGCCUUCCCUAUGACGGUCAGCGGCAAGGUACAGAAGUUCAAGCUUCAGGAAACCAUCAGUGAACAAUUGAAAUGAGAUAAUAUCAACUUUAACACCAAAGGCCUCAAGAUUCCUUUCAUUCACUCAACUGCCCAGAUACUGCCACAAACAUCUCACUAUGAUAAGCUAUAGGAUUAUUCUAUAGCUAUUGUAAUGAUAUUUACUUGUUGUUAAUCUAGUAAACCCAUUAGCUAAGUACCUUGUUGUUCCUCAGGCAAGUGAAAUUCUGAAUUGUCAAAUUGGUCUUAAUUACUCUACUUGGGACUUUUGAUCUCAAUAUAUACAUGUAUAUUUUACAGAUACAUGUACAAAAUCUCUUCCUUUUUAUUGUGUCUUCUAUUCAAUAUCAUCUUACAUUCUAAACUAACUUCUGCUUUUUGUUGUUGAAAACACAUCAAGGAAUCUUCCAUUUUAAAGACACUGUCAGAAGUGAAAAUUUGAAUAGGUGAAUAAUAUAUCAACAGAAAGCUUAUAAGCCAUAGAUUACAAUAAUAUCAAUUAUAUGUUAUUUUAUUGUAUGUUAGAGGAGUAUCGCCUCUUUGAAAAUGGGAAGUUGUCGACAUAAAAGAAAGCUAAAAAUUUUAUAUCGAUUUGAUGACAUCAUCUCAAGUGUAGUAGGCA